AUGGACGAAUACACUGUUGAAUAUAUCUUCGAGGCUAAGCGCCUGUCUGCGAUGGAUCGUAUCCACUUCUCAGGCCAGUUACCCCCAGAGAAAAAGAAUUAUGCUCAAUAUGAGUAUAAGAUCAAAUGGGAAAACUAUCCCAUGUCUGCAGCAACGGCUGAGAAGAUCGACUCGUUUCUACCGACCGAUACGGACCCACGGUCGUCUUUGCACUUUGUCGACGAUUUCUGGGCACAAGCUGAUCUGCAAGGGUUCACCCACAAGGAGAUUCUUCCAGGCACGAUAAUUCAAUUGUCUGGUGAGUUUGAGAGGUUUGAUAUAGACCUGGACAAUACUAAAUUUUGUUUGCAUCCUCCUUUAUGA